UGGUGGUAAUGCACAACUUUUUUUCCGCCAACCAUAGGGUAAACUCGAGGAAGGAGUAGUAGAAGAAGAAGUAGCAUUAGCAUUAGCAUUUAUUUUGAGGUCCGACACAAUUCACUUGCUAUCUUAAAUUUAUAUCAAAGGAAACUGAUUAUGUGAACAAAGUCAUGUGCCUAUUAAUGGCAGUCUGUUUAAUGGAGAAAUAAUGCCCAAUAGUUUGCAUAACUACGAUUUUUCUCCCUGAAUUAAUGUUAGAAUAUUAGUGCAGCUAACGGAGCUAACGGUCAUCUUAACGUUAACUGGCUAAGCUUUUAUCAUUAAGGAGUAUAAGCGGUAAACUUUGAAGGGCCUUCUCCAGGUGUUUUGGGCUGUCGGCAUUACCAAUGGAUGUCAGCAUAGCAGUAUCACUGAUUCGAGGCCAGAUGGGCACCGUGGUUGAGCGGGCAGUGAACGGAGCUGUAGAGACAGUGCUGGCUGAGAUGCUCAAAGUGGUUGGAGUUAAAUUUGAGGAGCUAAAAGCUCAAGUGGUGCUGAUGAAGAGGGACAUUGCGGCAUUGCAAAGAGAGAAAGCCCUAAAAGAGAAGGAGAAUGACAAUAUUCGAGCCAAGCUGCGUUACACCGAACUGAAACUUAAGUACUACAGACAGGGAGUGGAGGAGGAGCUGCAGCAGAGAGCCUCUGCUAGCACUCUGGUCCGCAUCCACCCGUCCACCUUUCCCCAAACACACAGAGGUGGUGCAAGCACUUCCUCCACUGACACCUCCCCACCAUGUUCAGCUCAGACCAGGACCACUGAGGGAACACUGACAAGACACAGUCAAGAAUCCACCUCUUCACAGAACACAAGCAGGUGUGCAAUCGGAUUGCACUGUCAUUCAGAUGUGGGAGUUGCCAGCGCUGACUCGUGUGGCCUGCUGCUGCCUCCCUCCAUGUCUGUGAACACAGGUGUAGAAUCUGUGGAUAGCAGUUCAGUUCUGGUAUGUUGCACAGAGCAAGAUAUAGCUGAAAGCAAGGCUGGCGAUCAGGAAGCCGACUGCGAGUGGACCAUCACUUUGCCGCCACACGCAGAAGGCUUGGACACUGCCUUGGCCCCUCCUCCUGUCCAGGAACUGACUUCGGAUCCAGGGCGGCUGUCAGCAUCUGGCUUGCCGUCCCCAGAUGGUUCUACCCAAGCUGGUAGCUCCACGCUGCCCUCCUCUGCUGUACAGGUAAAGGAGGAGGUCGAGCAGCAGGAGCAGGAGGAGGAGGAGGUGAUCUGUAUCAAGGAGGAGGCAGAAGAAGAGCAGGAGGUGAUGUUGCUGGAUUGCCAGGUGCAGCACACUCAUCUUCCAGAGUCAGAGAGAUCAGUGCCAGAUUGGUCUGGGCACCCAGUGAGCCAGGUGAAUCGCAUGACAACCUUCAGCUCAGCUGGACCAAGCACCUGUCCAGUGCCUCAGCUGGUGGCCUCUAUGCCAUCGAUGGAAGCCUUGCCACUCAGUGUCCCACCUCACCAGGCGGCGCGGCCCUGGGCUAAAGACCUUAGCCUUUAUGAAGAAUACAAACUGCGCAGGAAUGAGCUCCGCCGUCGAAGCCUCAGCAGACGCAGAGAGCUGGAGAAAACAUUACCUCAGCCGCUGCUGGCAGAUCUGGUGCGAGAGCGUCGAGAGAAGACCAGAUUGAGGGUGGCCAGAUGGAGAGCAAAAAGGAAACUCCAGGCCUGUCUAAAUCAGGCUCAGGCUCAAGGUGGCACUGCAGGUUUUUCUGACACUGGCAUUCCCAUUAGCAGCCCACAGCAGGAGCUCAGAGUGAAUCGUGCAUCCAGCUCCAGGCAGAGCUCCACGCUGGCUCAGUCUAGUGGCUUCCUCCAAAAUAUGAAGUCGGCAGCAAACAAGGGCUCUGCCAGUCUCCCCUACAUAACCCCCACCUCUUCCUCUUCUCUGCUGCUGAGAGGCCCCAACAUGGCUGCACAUCAGCGCACUGUGACAUCCUCCUCCUCAUCCUAUCCCCAGGUCAGCUUAUCACUGCAUAGCAGUUGUUUGGCAGAGACAGGUACCUUACAGUGAACUGUCUGAAAUCAGAGCCAUGCACAGCGAUUUUAAGACUGAGAGUGAAGAAUGAAAACUAACGGAACAUUUAAGAGCAUAUGAAACACUAAACAAAAGCAUGAAAGACUGACAAAUGUACAGAUGAACUGACUUUUAAUGUCUUAUUCAACAAGUAAACCAGUAUCCUCCCCCAAACCCAAACAGAAUAAAAUGUAUCGGUCACCAGGAUCAAUGUCAGCAGCCAGCAAUCUUCCUCACACUGUUCUAACAUUUAGAAUCUUUUAAAAGCUAAUUCUUCUACACACAGGAAGCAAAUGAUUUAAAUUUAGUACUUUGGCGAUAUAUAUGUAGAAAUAUUUUUAAAACACCCAUUGAUUUUAAGUUGACUUUAUCUCUCCUGUAUGUUUAAAGUUGAUGUAUUUUAAAGUACAUUUGGUUUGAUUUGAAUGAAAUGUAGUGUCACAGGGACAGUGUGUCUUUAUGUUCUUUAGAAUGCAUGUUUUUGUUGUGGAAUUGAACACACCUAUUUAUCAAGGCAACUAGCAAGAAGAAGAUUCUGUUGUUUGGGCAGCUCUGAGAAUAAACAGGAGACACAAGCCUGACAUCUUGUUUGAUGAUAGUAAAUGCAGCUGAGACUGUGUUGAACACAGAAUAUGCAGAUAAAGUUGAGGUAAAAGGAUAGGAUUGGGUCAAUGUCUUAAAUACAGGGCUGGUGAUCCUGCAGAAACCAGGAUGAGGAAGCUCGAUAUUGGAAGUAGACAACCAUCUCAAUGGUCGCUGUCCUUCAGAAGUCACACAGAUGUUAAUUCUGGUUUUAUUUAUUGCAGCAUCCAACUUCUUUUUAGUUGUAACUUUCUUGAAUAUGGUGUUACCCGCCCAGAUCGGUGGACCUGAACUGUAGUUGGUGACCUCUGGUUCAUGGCUAAACUGCUUUAGUCCUGGCUUGUAGCCGGUCAGGGCUUUUCUGGUAGGGAGAAGUGACGAGGAGGCCAGCUAACUCUGUUCAAAACACAGAAUUUAUUCUGUCUUGGUAACAUGAACACUGCAUGUGGCUUUGGUGGCCAGUUAACUGCAUUACAAUCCUGUCUAUACACUUAGAGCUGACUACUGUUGGUAUUUUCCCCACUUGUAGCUGCAUGUAAAAGGAGCCUGUUCCAUAUGGUAGGCUUCUCAGUUUCAUAGUGCACAUACUGCAUGCAGACAGCAACUUCUAUGAGGCCAUACAUCUUAUAGAGGAAGGCCUGGCCUAUAACAAUGGCCUCUGAUAACACAAGCUGCUGUGGGAACCUUCCCUACCAUAGCUCUCUAGAUUUAGCAAUCAAAACAGAGUAGUAACGGCUUCCUCCAAUUGCAAGGCUCGCGCAUUGAGUGCAAGGGCAGAGUGUGCACAAAUAGGCAGUUAGGUUGAUGGGCAGGUAGGCCGAGUAAAAUUAUUGGUCAGGUGUUUCUCAGCCCUGCUGCUGCCACAGGUGUAUAAUGUAUUAACUGCCAUCGGGAUGAAAAGAGUAUUUCAAGAUAUGUAACAAAAAAUGCUUCUGAAAAGAUUCGCCAGCCCUACCUUUAAGGAAACACACAAUUCUACUGUACUUUGAAAGUUAUUGGUGCUGUCUUCAUUCCCCCUCUUCGUUCUGGAUUUAACACAGUUCUUGGUUCUCAGUUUGUGUAAAAAUGUAUGUUAUGCUUCAGCAGCUGUUCUGUCUUUGUGCUGUAAGCAUGUCUGUUUAGCUUCAGUUUGUGCCCUUCAUGUAUUGCUGGGGCUAAUGCCUAUUGCCACUGUUUUGCCAAAACUGCGCUCGCCAGCCACUUUAUUAGGCACACCUAUACAAUUUAUAUUCAAUUCAAUGCAACAGUUCUGCGUUAACAUCUGUUUAUGAAGCUCAAUGUUUUUCUGGUGAAAUUGUCUUAAUGUAGUCCAGUACAACACCACCUUUAACUCUGACCUCAAUAAUAAACAUAUAAUUGAAUUUAUACAUUU